AUGCCGAGGCCCAAAGCGUUUCUGAAGGCGUCUAAAUCGAAGAAGAAGAACGCUGCCAAGCAGGUACCCGUCACCGCCGACGAUUAUCUCGCAGCGGGCGUCGAGCUCGAGGAAGCAGGCGAGAAAUGGCGAGCCGGAGAUGCAGCCAAAUCGAUGCGCUUUUUUAUGAAGGCAAUUGCCAAUUAUGAUGAAGGGCUGCAAAAGCAUCCGGGUGCCUUUGACUUGGCCUACAAUAAAGCUCGUGUUCAAUAUGAGAUCACUCAGCACCCCAAAUUAGCAGCGCAAUUGCCGGCUCCUCAGGCCGAGCUCCUGGAAGUCGCGCUGCAGUCACACAGAGAUGCUUUGUACCUCGAGCAGGAUAAUGCAGACGCCCUGUUCAACAGCGGGCAGGUGUUGAAUAGUCUCGCCGAGUCAUUGACCGAGUCAAAGCAUCCCAGCGAAGACCAGCUGGUUCAAGCAAGCACCUACUUGCAAGAAGCCGUCGAACUAUUCCAGCGGUGUCUUGCACUGCAAGAAAUGAAGUACACCGAGAUGGAGGAGCAAAUCAUGCAGAUGGAAUCAGGCGAGAUGGAUGCUCCGGAAUCUGUACCCCAACCCGAAUCCGCGGCUCCCCCAGCACAAACCGAAACCGCGGAUGGCGAACCACAAGAGCAAUGGGCGGCGAUCGUCGAACCUGUCACGAAGAAUACCCUGGCAGACUCGGCCAUCGCGCAGUUGGAUACAUUGACAACGCUGUGUAAUUUGCUCACAUUCAAUCCCGGCGCGGGCGGAGUGGGUUGGGUGCAAGAGUACUCCGCAGAACUAAUCGAGACUCGAUUGCCAUCUUAUGUCGACGGGUCUGACAGACAAUAUGAAGCGGCUCUGGCACGAGGAAAAUUCAUUUGUGCACUACAUGAUGUGCUUUAUCGCGGUGGCCAUACUGAUGCCCAGACGUAUCAGCAAGAAGUCAGUCGAGCUUUUGGGCCCGAUCUUGAUCUGUCUGAGGAUCCAGAGGGUCUGUGCAGUAAAGCUGAGGCAUUGACCUCACUCAAUAGCGCUUUCGCAGAGGUGCCCCCCACCGAAGAUGAGGAGAAUGCCAAGGUCUACAAUGCCACGCGUUGGCAGUCGCUAUCAGCUGCACUCGACGCGCUGACCGCGGCUUCGAAAUUGCCCAGCGCCAACAAUCUGCCCAAGAUCCAUCUCGCGCGAGGAGAUGCAGAAUUGUCGCGCUGGCGACUUGGUCGGGCGCCAUGGAAUCACGCCCUGGCGGCACAGUAUGGGCCAACGCUCCUGCGGAAUGCGCAAACCUACUACCGUGGAGCGGCGGCGCUGGCCCGUCGGGAUGGCGACGCAGAAGCGCAACGCGAUGGAACAUGCAAAGAGGCUAUCGCUGCAGCACUGGAAGGUCAAAGAACAAAGCUCGAUCAGAUCAAGACGACAUCCCUUGACCAGCUGAUCGCAGUUGCCCAGGAGAUGGUGGAGGACGGAACGGUGGAGGCUACAGAAAUGAGCGCUCUCAUCUCUUGA